AUCAAUAAUUAAUACUAUAAAAAGAUUAAUAUCCUUUGCCUAUCAUAUACUCCACCCUCACCGACUUAUUAGGGGUUAGGAAUACUGUCACGGAGUAAAAGGAUAAAAAUUAAUAAUCCAACAGAUAAAUAGAUUUGUUGGUUUAAAUUUCAUACGACAUCGUUGUGUCUCAACUAUAUAUUCCUAAGCCCCCUUUUUUUACACUUCGUUGAGAUUACGCAAAUCAAUAAACCUAAUAUUACCAAUUUUUUCAUCUUCAUCAUCAACAACAAACCCUAAAAUACUGCAAUUUCCAAUUUUCAAUCUUCAAUAUGCAAUUUCCAGGGUGUAAAAUGGAAAUUUAAAUCUUCAUAUUUAACGGCAUUGCAUCUCUGAAUUAGGAAUCAAAAGCUUCGCGAUUUUUAUUUAUCAAUUGAUCGAAGAAAUAAUUGUUCGAUUUUUUUUGAGAUAAGGAAGAGAGAAGAAGUUUUUCGUAAUGCAGACGGAAGCGAGAGUUGGAGUAGUCGUAGAUGGGGGACAAAGAGACGGUUGUACGAGGAAAUAUGUACAGGUUAAACAACAACAACAAGCACAAAUUGGAACGAUUUCGCAACUUCUUGCCGGUGGAAUUGCCGGCGCUGUUAGUAAAACUUGUACUGCUCCUCUCGCUCGUCUCACCAUCCUUUUUCAGAUACAAGGUAUGCAUUCAGAUGCCUCAACUUUGAGGAAACCUUGCAUUUGGAGGGAGGCUUCACGAGUCAUUCACGAGGAAGGAAUAAGAGCUUUUUGGAAAGGAAACUUGGUUACAAUAGCUCAUCGCCUUCCUUAUUCCUCCGUCAGUUUCUACUCAUAUGAACAAUACAAGAAUGUUUUACAGUCACUUCCUGGACUAGAAAGUAAUAGUGAAAAUAUUAGUGCACAUAUCAUUGUGCAUUUAGCAGGUGGCUUCUUAGCCGGAGUAACAGCUGCAACUGCUACCUACCCUCUAGAUUUGGUGAGGACACGGCUUGCGGCACAAACAAAUGUGAUAUAUUACAAAGGUAUAGGGCAUACGUUACGUACUAUUUGCAAAGAAGAAGGUGCACUUGGUCUUUACAAAGGGCUCGGAGCAACACUCUUGAGUGUGGGGCCAAAUAUAGCGAUCAGUUUCACCGUUUACGAUACCUUACGGACUCAGUGGCAGUUGCAGAGGCCGCAUGAUUCUUCUGUGCUUGUGAGCCUUGCUUGUGGAAGUAUGUCUGGCAUUGCUUCAUCUACUGAGAAGCAGGUUGAGAUGCUGGCUCUGCAGUCUGCACUAAAUGUCUAACACGACUUGACUCUAGAGCCAGAAAUCAGGAAGUUGUUUAAAUUUUUGCUUAUAAUUUCAUAUGGAAUCAUAUAAAAAGUUUCCCUGAUUCUUGCAUUUUGUUAGUCUUUUGUUUCAAUAGUUUGGUUGGACUAACCUCAUCCUUACCGCAUUUUCUUGUUCAACACUUUCCGAGCAUUGCAGUUGAUUUCUUUUCUAGGGAGGCACCAGUCUCGGAUGAUUUGAAAUAUAGUUCUCCUAUGCCAAAUGUGAGAGGCUUCCUCUAUGAGGUAUGCUUCUCACUUAGGCUUCCUCUGUUGUGAAUGAUCGAGAAAAUAAAGCUUUUAUUUUACUGAUCACGUUUUUUUGGCUCGACUUUUCGUUUUUUUUUCUUUGGAGAGAAUAUCUGGCUCCACAGUUUAACUUAUUGAAGCAAAAGUGAUCUCUGCUACCUGUAAAUCAUGCCGUCUUUGUUGAUAAUUUGAUGCUCUGUUGCCUGUUGGAACAUUUUUAUAUUUUUUGAAGGCCUAAAUGCUCAAGGUUUUGAACAUGUUUUGCUUUGGUGUAUAAAUGACAGCCAUAUUUCCUAUUGAUUUGGUGAGACGGAGGAUGCAAUUAGAAGGAGCUGGUGGGCGUGCACGUGUAUACAACACAGGUAUUUUCGGUACAUUUAAACACAUCAUCCGAUCAGAAGGAUUGAAAGGCCUAUACAGAGGGAUUCUUCCAGAAUAUUACAAGGUUGUGCCUAGUGUAAGCCUUGUUUUCAUGACGUACGAGGCAAUGAAGAAACUGUUGUCAAAUUAUCACAGUUGAUCCGCAACUUCCUGGAUACAACCCGGAAAUACUAUUCAGAUUGACAUAGAACUCUCAUUGCACAGCUUUUAUAUGGACGCAAAUUUGCUCCUUUUUGGUCUAGUCUGUUAGGUUUGGUGGCAAUUUUCGGUUGUGUCACCGUUAGGAAUAUUACUUGUACAAACAUUGACAGACGACUCUAUUCUAUAAUUGUCAAAACGUGUGGGAAAUAUGAUCAUCUCAACUAGUCAUUCCACUUGUCCAUAUGAGGCUUUCAAAUUUUAUUAUAUUUAUUCUAUUAAAGUGGUUAGCUUUU